GAGAGAGAGAGAGAAACUAUCCCCAGCCGCGUUUGGCGAGGAUAAAGCGACAAACCAGGAAACUCCGAGAGAGAAAAUGUUCGGAAUCAAAUCGCUGGCUGUCCUAUUUCUGAUUUCCCUGUGCGGAAUUUCUUCAGCCAACACGCAAAAAUCAUCCCUUUCGGAAAGCAACCACUAUGAUAAUUCUGAGGGCUCGGGGUUCCCUGGACUAAAACCUCAUUCUUACUAUGAGGAAGAAGGUUCUGGUUUUGCCUCUGGAGAUGACCAUGAUCUGGAUGACAGUCAAGGGCCAAUUGAUGAUGAGGAUGAUGAAAUGGACAACCAUAUUGAUGAAAGUGAUGAGGAUGUCAUCUCUGAAGUAGAAGAUCCCAUUAUCAACAAUGAGGUGCUGCAGAGGAACAAUGCUGUACCACAGGAAGACAUCAGAAACCAAGUUGCUAUGGCAAGCACCAACAGCGGCAGUGUCUUUGAAAGUACAGAGAUGCUUGCAGCAAUGAUUGCUGGUGGCACAAUUGGCCUCCUGUUUGCCAUCCUUCUCAUCCUGCUGCUCGUUUACCGUAUGAGGAAGAAGGACGAAGGCAGCUAUGACCUGAGCAAAAAGCCAAUUUACAAGAAGGCACCAACCACUGAGUUCUAUGCAUAAGCUUCAUCUGUGCCUGAGCUUCUGAACAACAGACUUUGUAUUCUUUCCAAGAGCUUCCACCUUAACAAGAAAAAGACAAAAAUGAAGACAAAUUCAACUAUUUUAAUUUUUUUACCAAUAAAACAUGCACUACCAUGCAUGUAUUAUGUACAUUAAAAAGUCCACUCUCUUUAAACGCUGGAGAAAUGUUAUGUAACCCAGAUUCAGAUUUAAGGCAUUUUGAAACAUAAGAGCCUAGAUAUGAAAAGCAGUGCUGUCUGAUUGCCCCGUGAAAUAUUUUCUGCCACUGAAGGGGCAAACAAAGGUUUCAUUUCUUUGAAAUUGUAGCUGACAUUUAGUUCUCCUAUUCUUCAGGCAGGCAUGCAAAUAUGGGCUCUUGCUGAAAUCCUUGGAUAAACACUAAUUGGCUUAUCAGCCUUUAAGAACCACAGAGUUUUUUCUACCUUUUUUUAAAAAAUAAAACUCUUUUUAGUUUUAACCAAUGGACCUCUUGCAAGGUUUCUCCCUCCUUUCUCCCACACGUGCCCCCCCCAACCCAAUGCAGAAUUGCUUUGUUUUCUCAUCAUCUCUGCCCCCCACAAUAAAUUGGACACUUAAAAACAGGUUAGAUAUUUACUUAAUCAUUGUUACCUUUUACUGUAGUAUUUUAUUACAAAUACAUAGCAUACAAUUUUGUUUCUAUAACACCACUGAAGAAUUCUGCAGAACUGGUUCUAACUAAAAUCUUGUGCUUUUUUAAAAGAAAAUAAUUUAUCUAUCUAAAAUAUUUUAAUUGUCACCUCAUUUAUUUCAAGGUGUGAUUUUUUUUAUUUGUAAAAUGUCAAAUUCUAGGAUGUACCUUCCUGCUGUUUGUAUCAUGAGCAAUGACAGUACUUUCAGUUGAGUUUCAUACUGGAACAGUCACUCUCUUAGCAACAUAUGCAAUGCUGCAUAACCUCAAGUUCUGUAUAACAUAAUAGCUGCUGUGAAAGGUGUAGAGUAAAAGAUUUUCUGUCUUAAUUUUUGUUUCCAUUUAACCUAAUUCCUAGAAAUCCCUUCCUUACAUCCUGGGGAUGUACAGAUGCUACAUGCUGAUGACUUUUGACCCUUAAAUCUCCCAAUAACUUUGACCACUGCCUGUAUUGUUGCUAGGAGACACAAGAUUCUGUGCAAGAAAGAUGCAAAAUGUCAAACACCAGUUCAAGUUCUCUUGUUGGGUACUUGAAGAUUUUUAAAUUGCAUUUCUCAUUUGUAUACUAAUUCUGACUUUUUGUGGGUGAAAUUCCAGCUCUAAACCAUAGCAUGGUGACCUCAAGCUUUGCAGUUUUACUUUAAUGUCAUUGCAGUGUGAACUUGAGAAUGCACUCCUUGACAUUUUAGAUUGAUUUUUAUUUUUAGAUGUUUAAGUGCCAAAGGUUUUUUGUCCUUUGCCAUUAGGAAGGAAAAACAUGAGCUUUUGCCAAACUAAAAGUUUAGUUUAUGUACAGUUGCAUUUGUUCUUCCAGUGGGAGAGAAUUAAUGGAUAAAUUUUAUAGCUAAAGCAUUCUUUCUCUAUUGCACAUGUGCAGCUGGCAGAUCCUGUAAUGCAAAAAGCAUUUCAAUAUUAAUGUUUUUCCUUUGCUCAUACAUUUUUUCAUAGUAAUUUCAUAGAAACACUAAAGCAGUUCCUUCAGAUCUCCUGUGGUAAUGAGCUGAGCUGAUGGCCACUUGAAAGCAAGAAAUCUACUAAACAGUGUGUUCAUUGGUGCUAGUCCCCUGUCAAGGGGUCAAACUUCUUGGGUAGUGACAAAAACCAGUUAAAACUAUAAGUCCCUCCUGAAACAAUUUGCUGUCUCUGUGACCUAAAGCUUCUCAUGCAGCUUUCAAGAAAAUGCUUGCAAGUCAAUGCUGACCCAUUGCAGAGGUCUGGCAUAGGAUAGGUAGAUUUGUAUUUUGUGGCAAAUGUAGAUUUUUGAAGGAAGAGAAAUUUUUAGAUAAGAUAUAGGUGACAUUGGCAAAAGAUAGCAGUGUUUUAAAAGCCCUAACCAGAGUUCUCAUUUAACUAAUGUGGAAAGCUCUUGCCAAGAGCUUCCAAUCCCUUUUGAAGCCUACAGGAUUUUCCUGCCAUGAGCUGCUAUUUAUUCUGCCAACUAUUGAGAUUCAUGUGUUUUCUUUGGUUUCCUAGCUAAACAACAAAGGUGGUCAAAGGCUAUGAUGCCUUUUUCAAGCAUUGACCUUUUCUCGAGGCCUUGAUUUAGAUCUGUGCCUUUGCAAAGGCAGUAAUACUGUUUGAGGCAGCUGGCAUCCUCCCUUAAGAGAAGCCACUGUUUGGCAUCUGUUUUGAGGGUUCACUUUAGUUGAUGUAAUGUGGCCAAAACUUGAUGCCACUCUUCAAUUGAUCAGUAAAUCAGAUGGGCACCUAAGUUCUGUUUUUUCAUAGCAGUCUGCCUCAAACUAAGUCUUCAUAUACUGGCUCCAGUAUUUUGAGAAGUGCACCUGGGUACAGGGCUCUAGAGAAAAAGUAUAAAUAAGUAUGUUUUGUUUUUUCAAUAAAACUAUAUUUUGGUACAUAAAUUUUUCUUGGUUUCUUUUGGAUUAUUAUUGGUGUAAAUACUAAUAGCAACAUUUUAAUGCCUUGAUGUAGGGGGUGGGAUUAAAAGUUUUAAACUAUAUAUGGAGUAUACCAGAUCAAAAUCCAUCCCCUACACAUGUAUAUUGUGAAGCCAACUGGUGGCUAUUGACUUGGCACCAAGACUGGCUAUAUACACACACAAUUUGUCAGUCUAACUGGAGCAAGAGGUUCAAGCAAUGACUAUUUUUCAAGCUGGACCUUUUUUCUUUUUAAGAAAGUGAAUUUUUCAUUCCUCAUCUUUUUUGAUGUGAGUUUUUGUUUCACUGCAGAGUACAAAGCCUUUUGGGUAAGAAGGGAUCUUCCUGCAGUCUGUGUAAACCUGCUCAUUUCAAGGGGUUUGAAUGGCUUGAGUCGGGAAAAGCAUUGGAACAGCUUUUAUUGUAGCACCUUCUUUCCCUGUUUAGAGCUUGAGGCAACAUAUGUUUUAAGGUCUUUGAUAGUGCAGGAGAUGGAGGAAACCCCUGCAAGAUUGUGAUACCACCACCUUUAUGGGAUUAAUUGGGCAAAAGAGCAAUAACCAUGUCUCAUGACCUUUCAAGUGCUAAAAUUGGUACUUGGAAAUUCUAACCACUGAGCAAUCACUGGUUGCAACACAACAUCUAACUUCAGGGUGUUCAUUCACUCUGAACACCUUUUGUCUAUGCAGAAUCCCACACUGGUCUACUUUUCCUAGUGCUCCACUUGGUAAGUUCCAGUGCAUUUUGUACAGCAUAGAGGGAAACCAUUUUAACCCAGCUCACCUGAAAUGAGGUAGCACACCAAUUUUGCAUCCCUCCCCAAUAUUGGCCUCCAUGAAUUUGAAAUAAGCUGUCAAAACAAUGUGCCUGAUCCUGUUAGUGUUCUGACAGGCAAGUUGGCUUAAAAUUACUCCUGCAAAAUGAUCCCAACUGUCUGAGUACCACUGGAAAGCCUGUAAUUUGUCUUCCUAUUGACUAACUGUUUGCAGAAAAGGUGAUUUUGCUAUCUUCAGAUCUGUACAUAUGAAUAUGUUUUAAUUUGUUCUGGAUUUUAUAUGUAUAAAUAAAACAUAUCUUUACACAAA